CCUUUUUUUCCGUCCCAGUGAAUUUGGAGCAGCUUUGCUUUACAUUUGAUCCCCGUCGUUGUUGGUGUAGCUCGCUCUCUCCCGCAGAGCCGCUCCGGCCCGCUUGAGGCUUCCUCAGGUGUUACAGCCCGCGGGGUGCGGAUCCGGGCCGAGCCAGAGGAGCGCGGCGGGGGCAGCACCAUGCCUGCCACCUUCUCCGGGCGCUGCCUGGUGUGCCUGCUGCUGCUCUUCUGCACCAGCUUCUCGGGCGGGAACCCUGCAGAUCCAGCUAUGACAAUGCAAGAUUCCAAUCAGACUCAGGUGAAUUCCGUAACUAAGAUGCAAGCUGGACAUGACUCAUCUGGUCCUGAUGCUGCCACACAACAGCUCAAGCCAGCAAGCAAGCAGAACACUGAUAUCUCAGAGUAUGAGAUCGUCAUACCUGGUGUGUCUGAAAAAAAUAUCACUUUGGCCAAUCCAACUAAAGUUGAACUUACAUGCAAAUUAGAUGAGAAUUCCAAUUUGAAAAAUCCUCAAGUGACUUGGAAAAGGGGAAGUGAAACAAUCAGUCACACCACUAAAACCCAGAACAGCUGGACCAUUGAAUUGACCAUCUCCGGGAGCCGUGAGCUGGGAAGUUACACUUGUAUUCUGAAGGCUGAAAAAGAAGUCAGUGCUACGUUUCAUUUGCACGUACCAAAUAUUGAUGGAAGAGAAAAACCCAUAAUCUCUUAUGAAGGAGAUAGAGCUGUAAUGGUUUGUAAAACUGAGUAUAAUCCCAAGGCUUGGACCUGGUAUAUGACCAAUGGAACGGAGCUGGUUCCCAUUGAUAAGGUUUUCCCUAUGGACAAGUUUCAAAUUAAGAUUCCAUCUGUCAGUCUAAACCGUUUGGAGAUAGUCAAGCUCACCAAGGAAGAUUGUGGUGUAUAUUGGUGUGAAGCUGUUUUUGAAUUAGGGCCCAGUAAAUCGAGGUUUGAACUUAGAGUUCUGUCCAUCACAGCACCUCUCAAACCCUUUAUAGCAGUUGUGGCUGAAGUUGCUAUUCUUGUAACUACUAUUGUCCUCUAUGAGGUGUAUUCGAAAAGUAAAGCAAAAGGAGGUGAAAAAGAGUUUGACCAAAUUGAGGAACUAAAGUCAGAAGACAGCAUAACUGGGAGACGCAAGUAGUUCUACACAGUGAGGGAAGGUUCCUUUAAAGGAGAUUUAAGGCAAUAGAAGUGGAAAUCAUCACAAAGCUAUAGAAGAUGUAUGCAGCUACUUAAAUAUUCACUUAUGUUUUGAAAUAAAGUCCUCUACAUCUGAGAAAUAAGAUGCUUUUAAAAUAGCUCUGAAACUACUCAUUUUAUACAGAUGAUAAUAUGAUAUAUUGUUUAUCUGUAACAUUUUACUACUAGCAGGAUGUUUUUUAUGUGAUUAGGCUUACUGUUGGUUUAUGAUUGAGCUGUUUGAUUUUUAUCUCCCAAAUUGAAACUAGUGUUAUAUUCACUGAAAAAAUGGUUAAUAUUGAGUGGUCAUAUUAUCUAAGUGUUAUAAAACUGGAUACAUAUGAUCAAAAAAGUAUUUCCACCAAAGAAAAUGCCUUUUACUAGCUGAUGAAGCAAAAGUAAUGCAGCUGUUUCUACCAAAGAAAUGGUGAAAGGGGAAUCUUUAUCAGGACUUAAAUGAAACAUUAAGAGAGUUGUGAUUUAUUCUGAAUAGUAAAUUGUCUUCAUUCUAACUUUUCUUAGCUUAAUUCUUAGUUCAACUAUAUUGUAGUCCUUAGUAGGCUAAACAUUUAGCUACCAUACAGCUCAGAUAUUUCAGAGUAGAUGAAAGAAGUAUUGGGGAUACGGUACCUUCUCAGACUAAAACUGCAAUAAUUUCUUACGCUUGAAAAAAUUACUGCACACUCUGGGGCUGCAAAACCAGUUUGGUUAUUAUAAUCUAUAUGGAGUGCUGAAUUUUCAGGAAUAUACCUAUAUAUGCUUCUGAUUAUACAUACUGUCUAAUUGGUACUUCUGCUUCUUUCAGCAAAUUGUUGUUUCUUCCACUCUGUGCUUUGCAAGGAGUUUAUCUUGAUCAGCUAAAAUUUUCAGGGCAAUAGGAUGAAGCAGCAUUGAACACCACUACUACUCUUACACAAAAAAUUUAACACUGCUGUUAAUGACUUACAGUAUUGCUUUUGAAGAGUGAGUUGCCAUAACACUGUUUAGUUACAUUAUGCAUUCAGCAAUUGAAAAUGUUUAGCUAAUAAGAAAACAAUUGGUUUUGUCAUUUGCCUUUGCUUGAAAUAAUUAAAGCUUCAAUUUUGAGAGGAAGAAGUAAAAUCUUCAGAAAAAUACCUUUUCUCCAUAAAAUGUAAGGAAAAAGGCAGCAUUUGCAGACUCCAUAAGAAAGUGAAAGAAGAAAAAAAAUACAUGGAACUUCUUGGUACUGGUCAUUUUUCUUUUGAACAUAAAGGAAGGUAAAAAUAAAUAGAUAAAACAGAUUGAAUUUCCUUCCUUAAUUUUUUUCUAUUUUACUGUUCUUAUGGGUUUGAAAAAUACCAGAAAUCCUAGCCUUAGCUGCUUUGUUGGAAAUGGGAGAUAAAAUCCAGUCUGAUGUAUGCUUUUUUUGGUUUCCAUAAUUCAUUUUCCAGUUUGAAGAACUACAAGUUAAGGUCCAAAUAAGACACAAUGAUAAAUAUAUAAAAGCAUUGGGUGAUUGACUGUAAGGAGUGAACACUGAUAAAGGUUCCUCUUGCUUAGAUACUUUAUUUAUUGUAUUUUGCCUUGGAGUUUCUAUGCACUAUUAAAACCAGAAUACAUCUACA